AUGUGGUUAACAUGUCGCUGCACCAACAAGGCACAAUUCAUGCCACCAUCCCAGGGUAAAAGAUUGGCCCAUGAUGUCGUCACCGUUUCCCACCCUCGCCAUUUGCUUAUUCUACGCUUAUUUCUCCAAAGUUAUCGGACCAAAAAUAAUGGAGAACAGGAAACCUCAAUAUUCAGCACGUGGAUAUUUUACGAGUACAUUCAAAGCGGUUGGUUUACCGGAUAUAGUUUUAGAUGUCAACCUGUUGAUUAUUCGUAUAAUCCUAAAGCGAUGAGAAUGGCCAACACGUGUUGGUGGUAUUAUUUUUCUAAAUUUACGGAAUUUUUCGACACGCUAUUCUUCAUAUUGAGAAAGAAAAACAGUCAAGUGUCAAAUCUUCACGUCAUACACCACGGUAUCAUGCCAUUUUCCGUUUGGUUGGGUCUUAAAUUUGCUCCAGGCGGCCACAGCACUUUCUUCGCUUUUCUCAACACUUUCGUACACAUCGUCAUGUAUUUCUAUUACAUGGUUAGCGCGAUGGGACCAAAAUAUCAAAAAUACAUAUGGUGGAAAAAAUAUUUGACGACGUUUCAAAUGGUUCAAUUCGUUGCCAUAUUCGCUCAUCAAUUUCAAUUGCUUUUCACGGAAUGCAAUUAUCCGAAACAUUUCAUGGUUUGGAUCGCUUUCCACGGAGUUUUGUUUUUAUUUUUAUUUUCCGAUUUUUACAAAUCGCAAUAUUUGAAAGGGAAACCGAAACCGAACGCCGGGGCUUGCAUGCCGUUGGAAGACGAUGGUAAAAAAGAAACCGGAAAUGGUACAACGGUUCAAAGGCAUCAAUUCGAAUGCAACAACGAAUAUUCAAAAGCUUACACGAAUUGUUACACGGAUUCAUCGAGCAACGGGAAUUUUGUGUUUUCGUACGCGUCAGCACAUCGACAUCCGAUUCAAAAAAGAAAAAAAAAAAAUUAA